GUGCCAGCGCCAGCGCAGAAUUUUUUUUUAAAUUUAAAUAAACGAUAAAAAAUUAAGUGAAUUUUAACGAAGUGUCAAGCCGAAAUUAAGGAAAACAGCAAAAUGAGUGUUCAACAAUUUGAGCGUGAAGUUCUUGAUGCCCACAAUAAAUAUCGGGCUAUGCACGGUGCCAAGCCUUUGACGCUUAAUCCCAAACUGAAUCAAUUGGCCACUGAAUGGGCCAAGUAUUUGCUGGCCAGAAAUUGCAUGCAACAUCGCCCAAAUAGCGGCUAUGGCGAGAAUAUAUACAUGGCUUCCGGUGGCAAUCUAGGAGGCGCCGAUGCAGUUAGAUCCUGGUACGAAGAAGUCUCUGAAUACCAAUGGCACUCUCCCUCAUUCCAAUUCAAUACUGGGCACUUCACUCAGGUGGUGUGGAAGGGCUCUAUAGAGCUGGGAGUCGGGUUUGCCAAAAGGGGAAGUACCAUUUUUGUGGUGUGCAACUAUAAUCCGCCAGGCAACUACAACAAUAUGUUCCGCGAGAAUGUAGCCCCGCGAAGUCGCUGAAUAAUAGUGCUAGUUUAUAAAAGAA